UGCUAUGUUUGUAAAGUUAAGUUUUUUUUAUGUUUCGUUUUAUUUUCUCCCUUAUCGUCUUAAUUAUUGUUAUUGUUUAUUACAUUUUCAUCCGUUGUGUUUUUAAUAGGCUGUUGCAUCCUAAUAGUUGAUGUGUAUAAUAAGUGAGGCCUUGUAGUUUAUUUCUUAGUGUAUUUAAGAUUACAUUAUUAAUUCAGAUAACGAUUCAUAAGGAUUACUAUUUUAUUUGUUAUUGAAGUCGAGAUAAUGCAGAUAUUCAUUUGACUAUUUCCCCUCUUUCAUUAUUUCAGUUGUUGAAAGGAGUGCAUAGUGCAUUGUAUUACUUUAAAAUUUGCUAUAUUAAUUAAAAUGAUACUUAAUUCUACUACCAUUAUAUCAUGAAAUUCCCCCAUUUAAUAUUACAUAGUGUCUCGUUUAACUUUUCCUUUCGUGUUUUGUUACGUAAAAAUUAAAUAGACGCUUUAGUAAAUUACAAAAUAAAUAAUGAUCUUCAAUAUUAAUCGAAGUAUUAUAUCAUAAACAUUUAUUAUUUAAAACCACCGAAAUUUAAUUAGUUUUUAAAGUUUUGAAUUGACUUUUUCCCGCUAUUUUGUUCAGUUGCCAUCUCUCUCCAGUGUACCUUCCUCUGUGGCUCGGGUGGGUUGUACGUUUGUGUGUGUUGUAAACUGUGGGUGUGUGUGGCGUUUUUGAAGAAUUUAAGCCUGACAACGUACACCGUAUAUUCACCUGAGGACACAUGCUGGCCAGGAUUGUACCCGCCCUGCUGCUGCUGCUGGCGUGGGCGUCUGUACCAAGCGCCGCCCGCCCACAGCAUAUCUUCAACCCACGCCCGCCCACGGCAUCAGAUUUGGGGCUACAGAGAGUCCACCUUCGCCCCAAUGUGAAGGAGGGCACGGCAACAGGCACGGGCGACUACAGUGACGCAGUGUAUGCCGCUACUCUUGCUAAGGAACUCACGAGGCUGGAGGCAAGCAAGAAAAAUGUUUAUGUGGACUUUAUUUCCUCCCUCUACAUGAAUCCCGAAGUGGCCAGCGGAUUCCCCCCUGACCUGCAGCGCCUGUCGAGGGGGGCGCCGUCCCCUGCUGGUCCUGUCAGGGUCAUCACCUCUUCCUCCUCCUCUUCCUUCGGCCCCCUGCCCCCCGCCUCCUUCCCCGGCCACCCUCACCCAGGGUUUGCACCGGGCCAUCGCUUCCCCUUCCGCCGCUCCACCAGCAGGAGAUAAGAGAGAGAGAGAGAGAGAGAGAGAGAGAGAGAGAGAGAGAGAGAGAGAGAGAGAGAGAGAGA